AUGGUAAGGCUCUGCCACAAGGCUACCGGGAAAGAGUACUUGACUUGCAUCAUCGAGGCUUAUCGCAAAGGCAAAUUACACAAAACAUGCGACUUAGCGUGGGCAAAACGACAAUCGUUUAGUAGAAGUGUCCUUCCCGGAGAAUUGAGUCAGAACACACCCAAGACUUGUGGAAUCUUUGGAAAAGGAUCGUUGAAACUUCAAGAAGAUUCACGAUAUUUGCUAAACAUGAGAAACUUGGUCAUUUUGUUGAUUUUCGUGAGCUGUGCAUUGUCUGUGGUGGCUGCUUGCAAGGAUAAAAACAAACAUUGUAAAUCCUGGGCAUUGAGCGGUGAAUGCAGAAAAAAUCCAAAGAGCAUGGUGAUCAAUUGCCCCAAAAGUUGCACAAUCUGUCCAGCUUGCAAGGAUAAGAACAAACAUUGUAAAUCCUGGGCAUCGACCGGUGAAUGCGGAAAAAAUCCAAAGUACAUGCUGUUCAAUUGCUCCAAAAGUUGCGGAGUCUGUCCAGCUUGCAAGGAUAAGAACAAACGUUGUAAAUUCUGGGCAUCGACCGGUGAAUGCGGAAAAAAUCCAAAGUACAUGCUGCCCAAUUGCUCCAAAAGUUGCGGCAAGUGUUAGAAUCGAAGUGAAACACAUCUAACCUGUCUUCCUCCGGAUCAGAUGGAUAAUAUUUGAGCCAGUAGUCUUAUUUUGCAGCAUAAUUUGGAUUGGGGGAAGGAAAAUGCUGGGUUCCUAAUGUAAGAGUUUUUCAUUCGCUGUGCUUAUUGUAGAAUUUCAAGCCUCGUUAUCUGGAAAAUAAAACA